AUGGUCAACGCCAAGGCUCCUCGAACCGGGCAAUGGACUCUCGCUACCAUGACUUACAACAUUCUCAAUACCCAUCGCUCUGCAAGGUACAUUCUAGACAUGGCCACAAUCUGGAUGGCUGGCAGCACGCAUGGACAGCCUGUUGUUUCUGCCGUGGUCCCUUAUAUGUGUGCCAUCAUGAUCCCGCAUCCAUUCAUCACCCCUCGAGGCCAGUCAGGUACCCUCAUCAACGUUUUCUUGGGACAACCCUCACUCUCUUGGUUCCAGAAUGUCUCGUAUACUGAAGCCUUGCUUACAGCAUGCAGUACUGUCACAACCAGUGCCAACUCUACCACUGCGACAACCAUCACUUCGCGUGUGGUGACCACUUCCACGGUUGUAGAGACAGCUACCACUACAAUCAUACCCAGACGGCGAGCGGCUAAUCUCUUUGCUGUUGGAGAGCAAAUUUUCUCAGCUGUUGUUGCCAAUGGUACAUCAGUCACCCCGGCGAGUGCUCCAGUAUUUCCAACAAGUUCGAAGAACACGCAACAGCUACAAGCCGAAUCUGCGCUUGCAAACGCGUGUUCUUGCAAGAUGGUGGAUCCAACCGCAACAGUGACGGAGUCUUACACGGUUCCUGCUGUCACUAGCACAGUUGGUUUCAGAAUCUUGUCAAUCAUCACACUCACAGAUACCAGAGUCUUCACGGCAAGAACGACCGUAAUCAGGACUUCGUCUACGAGCGCAAGCAGCUCAAGUGUCCUUUCUUCUGUCGUUUCGUCUUCUGCCGCAAGUUCUGGUAUUGGCGCCGACGCGACUUCUGUAUCCUCCAGUGAGCAGACAUCGAUCUCAGCCGCUCUUCAGUCAAGCGCCGCUGUAACGCCCAUGUCUAUUACCACAAGCUCCACUACGCCAAUUACUAGCGCUCCUACCUCUUCCGUGCCUUCGGUUACUGCCAUCCCUUUCAGCUGCCCUGAAGAUGAUGGCAAGCACAUAGAUCAAAUCGUGGAUGGUGUUCGACUCAACUACAUAGUCAUGUGUAAUACACAACUCCAGACUGAAGACCGCGUUGGACCACCAGUCCCAGUGGAUAGCGAAACAACAUGUGCAGCGCAGUGCUCUCUUCUAAACGCCCAGACUGGUCAAGAUACCUGUCAAGCCGCAUCUUUCCAAGCUUAUACUGAUGGCCGCUCUGGUGGCACGUGUACAAUUAGCCGAUCAAGUCCGGGAUAUGUCGAGAGUCCUGGUUCGAUCACUGUUCAGCCAAUCGAUCGAUGCAUCGGCCCUGUAUGCAUCGAUAACAUCGGCUAG